AUGUCGAUGAGUCAAGCCAAAAAUCCCUCUUGGAAUGACCAGUUCAAGAGCACCAACCAGCGCGACUUCAACACCCAAGUCAUCAUCUCGGUCGUCUUCGGACUGAGUGCGUUCCUUUCUUUCUGCGUUCUCCGGCCCAAGUGGACGAGCCUAUAUCAUGCGCGCAAGAAGCACUCCGGCGCAGCCUCGCGUUUACCUGACCUACCCAAGUCACUAUUCGGAUGGAUCCCAGUGCUGCUGAGGAUCUCGGAUGCAGAGGUUCUGGCUUCGGCCGGUCUCGACGCCUACGCUUUUCUAUCCUUCUUCCGAUAUGCCAUCAAGUUUCUCUCCAUCACCCUGUUCUUCUCGCUCACCAUCAUCCUGCCCGUCAAUUACAAGUACACCGGCGAACUACCUUACCCGCCCAUCAAUGGCACGGCGCCAUUCCUCGAGCCGACGUUUGCGUUUGCCGACGAUGAGAAGAGACCCAAGAAGCCCAAGAUGGAGAAGGACGACAGCUAUCUAUGGAUGUAUGUCGUGUUCGCCUACUUUUUCACUGGUGUGGCCAUAUCCCUCUUGAUUGUUGAGACCUCGACUAUCAUUCGGAUCAGACAAGCAUAUCUCGGGACUCAGUCCACCAUUACCGACAGAACUCUGCGCUUGUCCGGCAUUCCCAAGGAAAUGAGGUCGGAGGAGGCAAUCAAGAACUUCAUUGAGGAUCUGCAGAUUGGGAAAGUGGAUAGUGUCAUGCUGUGUCGAAAUUGGCGCAGAUUGGACGAACUCAUGUCGAGCCGCAUGACGUGCUUGCGCAAACUCGAACAAUCAUGGGCAACCUAUCUGGGCCACAGCCAUUCGCUGCGCCAUUCUCGCCGAUCUCACGUAGAACGUGAUCUCCUUGAUGAGGAUGAAGAGAGCGGAGCUCUGCUUUCACGCUCGGAGAUGGAACAAGCUCACGCUACGCCCAUGGGCACGAAACGGCCAACGGUCAGCCUUCGUUACGGGCCAUUUAAACUCUACAGCAAGAAGAUUGACGCAAUCGACUAUUAUGAGGAGAAGCUGCGGGUCAUGGACGAGAAAAUAACCGCCCUGAGAAACUCCGAAUUCAAACCGACGCCUUUAGCUUUUGUCACGAUGGAAUCGACUGCUGCAUGCCAAAUGGCCGUACAGGCAAUUCUCGACCCAAAGCCCGGACAACUCCUUGCAAGCUUAGCGCCGCCACCGGCCGACGUGGUGUGGAAGAACACGUACCUUUCCAGGAAUCACCGCAUGGUUCGGUCUUGGAGCAUAAUGGUCUUUAUCGGCUUCCUGACCAUUCUAUGGGCUGCCCUUGUUGCUCCUCUGGCAGGUCUCCUCAGUAUCGAAGUCAUUGACAAAGUACUACCCGGCCUUGCAGCAGCCCUCGAGGAUCACGAGAUCAUCCGCUCGCUGGUUCAGACGGGUCUGCCAACCUUGCUGUUCUCCGUGUUGGCAUUAGCUGUGCCCUACCUGUACGAUUGGCUCGCCAAUCAGCAGGGCAUGACCUCCCAAGGCGAUGUUGAGAUGUCGGUGAUAUCCAAAAACUUCUUCUUUAUCUUCUUCAACCUCUUCAUCGUCUUUACAAUCUGGGGUUCCGCCACUACAUUCUACGACUUCUGGCAGGAUCUGCGAGACAUCCUGCGAGACACCGCAGGAAUCGCUUAUGCGGUCGCCAAAGCUCUUGAACAGCUUUCGCCCUUUUAUGUCAAUCUGAUCGUUCUCCAAGGUCUGGGUCUUCUGCCUUUCAGGUUACUCGAACUCGGCUCGGUCGCGUUGUACCCGUUCUACCUCAUCAGCGCCAAAACACCCCGGGAUUAUGCAGAGUUGUCUCAGCCGCCGAUCUUCAGUUACGGCUUCUACUUGCCGCAAACCAUGCUUAUAUUCAUCAUUUGUAUUGUGUACAGCGUCCUUCCUGCCUCAUGGAUGAUCACUUUGUUCGGAUUGGUGUACUUCCUGAUUGGCGGCUUCAUCUACAAAUAUCAGCUGCUCUACGCCAUGGAACACCGCCAACAUUCCACCGGCCGAGCCUGGCCAAUGAUCUGCAACCGAGUCAUUACCGGAUUAAUUCUCUUCCAAGUUGCGAUGACGGGUAUUCUGGCGCUUCGGGGCGCUCUGACAGCCUCGUUAUUCCUGGCCCCUUUGUUGGCCGGUACUAUUUGGUUCACUGUAUAUUUCCAACGAACAUACGUUCCUCUGAUGCGAUUCAUCGCGCUUCGAAGCAUCGACCGUCCGGGUACGCCUCAGCUGCCCACACCUCCCGAGCCAGCUUGGGACAGAGAUACCGAGUAUGGGCGAACUGUCGAUACGGACCCAGAAUCCGGUCUUCGCUACAUCAACCCGAACCUUGUGCAGCCUCUAGAGACUCUGUGGAUAAGGAAGCCCGGACAUGGACGCCCUCAGAACGACUGA